CUACUCGCAAAGGGCGACACGCCCAACACCACAUAGUGGCCAAGGAUGAAGUGGUCCGUCAUGGUGGUGGUGGCGGCGCUGCGGACUGCUGCUAUUUGACGGGCGCAGCGGUCUCGCCGUUGCCGGUGUGUGUCUGCUGCUGUGUGUUGGUCUUUAGUGUGGGUGUGGAGGGUGCGGCGGCCUCCUUCUUGGUCUGUGGCUGCUUACCGGCCUGCAGGCAUGGGAUGUAUACCGUCACCGAACGACACAACCAGCACCACACACACACACACACACACAGAUAGACGGGCAAUUAAAUGAGUGAGAUGUGUAUGCGGGUCUUGCACCCCUCCCCCUCUCUCUCUCUGUGUGUGUGUGUCUGUGUGUGUGUGUGUGUCUGUGUGUGUACCGUGUUGUUGCCACGGCCACGGCCGCCGCCCCGCCCAGCAGCAGACGCACCAGACGCAGCAGCAGCAGCAGCAGCACCGCCGCCGCCGCCGCCACGCCCAGCAGCAGACGCACCGCCACCGCCACCGCCACGGCCACGGCCACCGACCUGAAGGGACCACAUCAGCGACCAUUGGUGUGGUGUGUUGGUUUGUCGGUGUGGCUUGGUGUGUUGUGUUGGUUAGUGGGAUGUGUGAUGAAGUGAGUGGGAUGCACCCAUAGCGUACACACGUACCUGACACACACCACCCGCACACAACAACAAGACAAGACAAGACAAGACAACACAACACAGUGUGGUCUGUGUGGGUGUGUAUGGGUGUGUGUCGUCUCCUUGUCUCUGACCCACCCGCGUCACAACGAAGUCAGGCUGAGAGAGGAGCCAGCCAUGCAGCCAAACAAGAACACACACAAAGAACGAUGUAUGUAUGUGAGUGCAGAGGUCCUCUCCUCUCCUCCCCUCCACUUACCUCGAGGUCUAACUCCGGAAACACAUUGGUGACACGUACCUGACACACACCACCCGCACACAACAAGAAGACAAGACAAGACAAGACAACACAACACAGUGUGGUCUGUGUGGGUGUGUAUGGGUGUGUGUCGUCUCCUUGUCUCUGACCCACCCGCGUCACAACGAAGUCAGACUGAGAGAGGAGCCAGCCAUGCAGCCAAACAAGAACACACACAAAGAACGAUGUAUGUAUGUGAGUGCAGAGGUCCUCUCCUCUCCUCCCCUCUCCUCCCCUCCACUUACCUCGAGGUCUAACUCCGGAAACACAUUGGUGAGCACCAGCGCCUUGCGCAUCAUCAGGGCUAUGUGCGAAGGAAUCUUCUUCUGCACACGAACGGACAAGAAGCCUCAGACAGCCCCCGGCCAAUUCAUCGUCCGGUGACUUACUCUCACAAUCAGCUCGAAUGCGAUUUUGACCUGCAGCAGCUCUUCCAAGUAGGUGGCCGUCUGAAAGAAACGACAACGGACCAUGCGCAUGGUGCAACUCACGCGUGUGGCGUGCCGUUACUCUUACCGUGACGACGUCGCACAGUAUUUUGCAGGUCAUACCCUCCAGAUAUCGCCCACGUCCUGGGGAUCAUUUUUUCUAAAUGCCGUCUGGGCAGAGGGCGUCGCGGUCCAGGGCUCCCCGGGUGGCAGACGGCGCGGGUGGCAGAGCUCCGAGUAAUGAGAUCCACAAAUAUAAAAUGUAAACAGCGAUCUGACAGACACACGCCAUGGAGACAACGCUCUCAGCCAGUUUUGACUCAGUGUCAUUGCUUUUUUUUCACCUUAGUGCUGCGCUCUUCUCGAACGUAUUGCGUAGGCGUCUUUCUCGCGCCGCCAGCCGAACCAGCCGAACAGACAGACUCAUCACCUACAUUCGAACAUACACACAAUACAAAAGACAAGAGAGAGGACAACACUGAGUGACCCCGUCUGUCUGUCUGUCUGUCUUUCUGUGGUCGGGGUGGCAGUGUGUUGUGUGUGGUGAGCUGCGCUGGCUGAACGGACUGCACGUACGGACACACACGUACCUGACACAACACGACACAAGACAACACAAGGCAACACAAGACAAGACGGUCGUCAUUGUAUGUAAGGGUCUGUGUGUAUGGGGGUGUGGCGUGGCCGCGUACCUGACGGUUCGUGAGCGGGUUCGGGUAGUUCUGAGGGAUGGUGGGGUUGCGCUCCUGAACAGCGUCCGCCUGAGAAGCCCGUGACAACCACACAUUCGACCGACUUGUCGUACCCAUCCAUCCAUCCAUCCAUCUCUCACCCCGUCAGCAGGGAGCACGGUGAACUCGCCCUGGCAAAGCAACCACAUACAUAGCACAAGGAAGAAAGGAGGAAAUGCGAUAAGUAAGGUCUUCUCCCUUUCUCCCUCCCUUCCUCCCUCCCUCCCUCCCCCUCUCCCUCCCUCCCGCUCACUUCCAGCCCUAGGUCCUUCAAGACCGGGUGUAGCUUGGCCAGGCCGACGAAGUUCGUUGUCUGCAUACAGGGGAGGGGAGGGGAGGCGUAGUGCGGUGUGGUGUGGUGUGUGGUGUGGUGUGAGAGGCUCCAUGUGGACCCGCCAUAUCCCACUCACUACAUAUCGGCCCUGUGUGGUUGGGUGCACGGCAGGCAGGCAGGCAGGCAGGCAGGCAAGGAGGGAGGGAGGGAGGGAGGCGCCACCAACACACAUGACGUGUGACAUAUGCACACACACACACACACGAACAGGGAUCCAUCCAUCCAUCCAUUCCAUUGCAAAUGGUGAGGUGCUGUUGGUAUGCGUGUUGGUUUGCUUACGCUUCCGAUCUUCGUGAUCUGCAGUUGCUGGUCGUCAUUCUGAAUCCAUCAAGGCCAUCAAGGGCAACGUGCGUGCAGCAUCUCAUGGAUCUCAUCUCGUCGGUCAGAGAUCUCAAAACCUUCUGCGACACACGGAU